UUCCGAUGUGCAAGAUUCCCGGGUAAAUGUCAGAAGCAUGGAUACAAAACAGAAGACGGCAUGCUAAAGUUUCCCAGUAGAAGAAGUUUCUACAUAAUCAUCAUCAUUACGCUCAUUAAUUUGAUUGAUGUAGUGGGUCGUAGUUGUCCUGCUUCUUUGGAUACAAAGGUUUAUGUUUCAUCAUGCCCAACGAACAAAAUGGACUGGGAUGACGCAGCACGGAAAAAGAAUUGCUCUGCAGUACAACAAGAUUGUACUGCCCCUGCCAAUUUUCAGUACCACUGUCUUGCGAAUUCCUUCCAAACCAAAUUAAUCGAGAUUUGUGGUAUUCCAAUAGACAUAACAUUUCCUGUGUGUGCAGAAUACAAUGAGGGAGGAAACCUUGUCCAGGAGAACCACUUCACAGACUGUAGUGGGUAUAAUCCACCCUGUCCCUCCCGGUAUCCCUCCACAGAGUCUUAUAAAUAUGUUGAAUGCUUCAAUGUAACCCAACAGAAGACUACAGUGACUGUUUUAACAAGCAUGCCUAAGGAAGUUACAACUACAACAGCAUAUUUAACGACUAACUCCAAGACAACUGAAAAAGAUGCAGACGGUAACGUAAGCACUGACACAGUUGAAGGCCCAUCAACGAAAUGGCCACAUCCAUAUAAUCCAAACCAUGGACAGUUGAUUGUAUCGUUAGUCGUUAUGGCAGGGGUAGUUGUUCCCGUCUUUUCAAUUAUUUUGAUUGCAAGGAUAUUUGCAAGAGACACGUCUGCAAGAGAUGGUAUUCACAAACACAAAGAAGAAUGUAGUCGCGAAAAGGGAAUAGAAACGGAUCCAGAAAAGUUGUCAGCAGUUAGGAAUUGGCCAGCGCCUACCAAUAUCAAACAACUCCGCCAGUUCCUGGGUUUCGUUGGUUACUAUCGCAGAUUUAUCAGAACCUUUGUCAGGAUUGUAGCUCCUAUGAAUGCUCUUCUUAAAGGACAUGGGACUAAUACAAAGAAGAAAGGAACAGAGGGAAAGCCUAAAUCAUUCAACUGGACUUGGGCAGGAGCUGAGGAAGAAUCUUUUCGAGCCAUCAAACAGAAACUGCUGGAACCCCCUAUUCUUGGUUAUGCAAACUACCAAUUGCCGUUUAUAGUACAUACAAUAUAA